GACACACGGUGAAACGCUCCUCCGCGGCGCAGCACGCAGGACGCACGGAGGACGCGCGUAAAAACAAUCGAGCUCCCUCAGUUUAACACUUUCAGGCUGCCCCCUCAGGAAAGUUUGGGUUUUUACUCUGCCCCUCUCUCUCUGGCGAACCGCAGGCGUGUUUCUUAUGAUGCCCGGAUUUCGUGGGAGUAUUUGCUCCACGUUUUGGACCCAUAAUGUGAGGAUUUGUAUCGGGAUGACUAAGGACGCUGCAUAAAGGAGAACUUGAACCACCAAGUGUGACCAGUUAGGCUCGUUGCAGACCCCUCGGAGUGCGGAAUGGGGCCGUCAUCUACGCUGCUUCUCCUUUUUCUGAUUGGGGCUGAAGGCUCCUCUCUUCACUACUCAGAUGGCCAUUCCAGCCGUCUGUCCCUGGAGAAGACUUUUGGCCUCUCUGUUAAAGACUCCCAGUGCCAACGCAUGCUGAAGCACCUUCAUAAUGGAGCCCGAAUCACUGUGCAGAUGCCUCCCAGCAUGGAGGGUCACUGGGUGUCCACCAGCUGUGAGGUAAGACCAGGCCCAGAGUUUCUGACGCGGUCCUACAGAUUUUACCCCAACAACACCUUCCAGGCUAACCAGUUCUACUAUGAGGACAACCACUGCACCAAACCCACCUACACGCUUGUGAUCCGAGGCCGACUGCGCUUACGCCAGGCCUCCUGGAUCAUCCGUGGUGGUACAGAGGCAGAGUACCACCUCCACCGUGUCCAGAUGGUGUGUCACACAGCCACCGUAGCUAAAGAGCUCAGCCAGAGGCUCAAACACAGCUGCCGAGGGGCUGUAAAGGGUCUCUGGGAGUCCAGUGUGAUCUACGAGCUGUGGAGCGAGGAAGGUGGCUACGACUGCUCCAGAGAGCUUAACUUUGCCAUGCACGAGCUGCAGCUGCUGAGAGUAGAGAAACAGUACCUGCAUCACAACCUGGAUCACCUGGUGGAGGAGCUGUUCCUAGGAGACAUCCACACUGAGCCAUCACAGAGGUUGUACUACAAACCAUCCAGCUACCAGACUGCACUGCAAAACGCUAAGAAUCAUGACCACGGCUGCAUUGCCUGUCGCAUCAUCUACCGCUCAGACGAGUUCCACCCUCCCAUCCUGCCACCGCGUGCUGAGCUGACCGUCGGGCUGUACGGUCAGUGGGUUAGCCAGCGCUGCGAAGUCCGCCCUGAGGUCCUCUUCCUCACCCGCCACUUCAUCUUCCAUGACAACAACCACACCUGGGAGGGCCAUUACUACCACUACUCUGACCCUGUCUGUAAACACCCCACCUUUACCAUCUAUGCCCGCGGACGCUACAGCCGAGGGCUUCAUUCCACCCACGUCAUGGGUGGCACAGAUUUUGUCUUCAAAGUGAACCACAUGAGAGUGACUCCCAUGGACUUAGCGACCACCUCCCUCCUCAACGUCUUCAACGGUAAUGAGUGUGGGGCGCAGGGGUCCUGGCAGGUCGGGGUGGAGCAGGAUGUGACCUUAACCAAUGGUUGUGUGGCACUGGGCAUCCGGCUGCCCCACACAGAGUACGAGGUCUUCCGCAUGGAGCAGGACGCCCAUGGCCGCUACCUGCUGUAUAACGGCCAGCGUCCCAGCGAUGGCUCCAGCCCGGACCGGCCAGAGAAGCGGGCCACCUCUUACCAGAUGCCUCUGGUCCAGUGCUCCUCCAGCAGCCAGUCGUCUGACCACAGCCAAGGAGACGACACAGACAGGCCUCUGCCGCGCCAUAAUGACUGCACUGGAUGUCACAGAGGCAGCCAGAGACACCGUAUGGUGGCUCUCGCUGCAUUCGUCUCUACUCUACUUCUCUUUUGGCAAAGUUAAAGAGCAAUUUGGGCUUUUCCCACAUAGAGACACAACAGGACAGGAGUGUGGAUUUAAAAGAGAAACAGGGAAACUCUUUGUUAAAACAGCAAAUAUGAACUUUGUUUUGCUGAUGCAGAGGAGGAUAAAAACUUGUCUCUGAACCUCUGAGCUACUUCACUGCUGCACCACAGAAACUGCACUUUAGAGUGGAACCAAAGACCAGUGUGUCAGUUUUUCACAAAUAUACAAAGAUGUCUUUAUAGCCACACAGACCUGAGAAUAUAUUUUAUAAAGUGUAUUCACCCAUAACUAUGAAAUCAUAGUUUUGUACUGCAAAAAGACACAAUUUUAUACAUGGAAAACAUUUCUACAGUGAAUCCUUGACAAUGACGUCUCUGUCUUGAGAAAAUAUGCUUAUGAGUCACUGUUUAUAGUAAAAGGUAACUACGUUAUACAUUUUAAAUCCAUGUUUUUACAUAUAGCUUUAAAGUAUGGUGAAGUCAGCAGCAGGCUUUGGCCUUCUAUUCCAAAUAAAGAUGGUGCUUUGAAUCCAAUAAAACUUUUUAAUCUGCAGAUAAUCAUCCUGAA